AUGUACCAACUAGUCAACUCAGGACGGUACAGGUAUCCCGGGCAAGAGAUCUAUGUCACCGACAUCCUACCCGUGACGGCCGGGUUUGCUACCGCAGCCUCUGACCAGAGCAUUAGCCUCUUCGAUCCCCCAAGAUUAGACCAAGGCCCUGUCAAGAGGAUCAGGACUGACCACGGCAACUUGACCGCCUCUAAAAUAUACAGCGCUGCGGAUUCGGUUGUGUGUACCGCCGGAGAAAAUGGAACCGUCUCUUUAUGGGAUCUCCGCCAGGCCACCUCGAGUGCGCCAGCGAUGCAAAUAGGUGGAAACCUGCCUGGGCUUUUAUCACUGGCAUGUUCCAACGAGACUAAUACCGUCGCCGCUGGCACGGAACUCGCAAACCACCAAGCAUCAAUUAUCAUAUGGGACCUACGCACGCCCUCGAAUCCACGUGCACAGUACAACGAAGGCCAUUCCGACGACAUCACCACGUUAACCUACUCCCCUACCCACCCGUCCCACCUUCUUUCCGGCUCGACCGAUGGACUACUCAACCUCACCGAUACCCUAGUCCCAGACGAAGACGAUGCCGUGCUCGCAACUUUCAACCACGGCUCGGUGCAUCGUGCCGGCUUCUUGGUGGGCACAACAGAGGUGUUUGCGGCAUCCCAUGACGAGAAGUUUGCGCUGUACGACACGGCAGAUGAGACACCCCAGCGAGGCGCGGCGACCCUCGACUUGGGUGACAUGCGAGAGUUGCUAGGGUGCAGGUACCUAGCUGAUGUUGUGGCGAAACAAGGCGGGGACGGGGCGGUAGUUGGCGUUGGGGCGCAGGAUCAAGAAAUGUUCCAAUUGAUCCAUCUCUCUAAAGGGGCUGAAGGUUGGGGCCUGGAUAAGGACACGAUCGUUGGUUUGCCGGGUGCCCAUGGAUCUGAAUUAGUGAGAAGCUUUUGUUUCUAUGACGAGCAGCAAUUGGUGUUCACGGCUGGUGAGGAUGGGUGUGUGAAGGCGUGGCGACCUGGGAGCUAG